GAGACACAAAGACUGCAGGUUCUUUCUACUGGUUCUCUCUCUCUCUACCUAUCUAGUUGUUCCCGUUUUUAAUUAUUUUGUAGCUCUCCUUUUUCUAUCAACUGUCUUGUCUGUCUGUCUUUUGCUCAAGUGCCCAAGGCUUCUCCACUGGUGUUAAACAAACUUUGCAGGCUUUCCUGUCAGAAGCCCCUCUCCCUCUCCCACCGAGGCAUCUGCCAAAUAUAUAAAAGAACCCUCAGAACUCUCUGAAAAAACUCUCUUAACACGCCCAACGCACCAAACAAAGCUUAACCAACCAGACCAAAACAGCCAACUAAAACCCCAUCCCCUCUCUCUCUCUCCAUGGACUUCCAUCUGAAGCAAUGGAGAAACCAGCAUGAGUCAGAGCAACAACAUUCUGCAAAGAUACCAAAACUUCUCCUUGAGCCCCAUCCGCAACAGCCACAACUAUCCGGCUCUGCUCUCCCCUUGUUUGUACCUGAACCCAGCAGCAAAAUCAGCUCCCUGUCAGCAUUUCCUGAUUCAACAUCAGCUGCUGCAACCAUAUUUCCUAGAAUGGGUAGUAGCUAUUUCAGCCUGGCCCAGUGGCAGGAGCUUGAGCUGCAGGCUUUGAUAUUCAGGUAUAUGUUGGCAGGUGCUGCUGUUCCUCCUGAACUACUUCAGCCAAUAAAGAAAAGCCUUGUUCACCCUACUCCAUAUUUUCUUCAUCACCCUCUUCAACAUUACUCGCAUUUUCAGCCUGCUUUAUUGCAAUCAGGCUACUGGGGGAGAGCCGCCAUGGAUCCAGAGCCCGGGCGCUGCCGGAGGACUGACGGCAAGAAGUGGCGGUGCUCGAGGGACGUGGUGGCCGGCCAGAAGUACUGCGAGCGCCACGUGCACCGAGGCAGAAACCGUUCAAGAAAGCCUGUGGAAAUCCCCACAUCCAUCAAUUCCUCUACUAGUGCUAUAGCUAGUGGUGGUGGGGUUCUCAAAACCACCAUCCCCGUUGCCUCCAUGCCCUUGGCCACGGUGGAUGGUGCGAACCACUUCGCUAUUUCAGGAACAUCUCAUUCCAACGAUCUCCUCCAUCUUAGUCACAGUUGCUCAGGGUCCAAAACUGAGAACAAGGGCCUCUUUGAAGCCCAAAAUGAUGCAGCCAAUGGUAAAUCAGAUGGCCAUAUCCUACGGCAUUUUUUCGAUGACUGGCCGCGAUCACUUCAAGAAUCCGAUAACGCUGGAAGGAAUGCCAGCCCCAUGAACUCCGCCACCUGCCUCUCAAUUUCGUCGUCCGAUGUGUCGCUGAAACUGUCUACUGGUAAUGGAGACGAGCCAGGCUCCAGGGAUGGCAAUGCAGAGCCAGAGCAACCGCAAAUGAAUUGGGCUGCAGGGUGGUCUACUAAUCAAGUGGCUUCAAUGGGGGGACCUCUUGCAGAGGCCUUGAGAUCUUCCACUUCCAAUUUAUCGCCCACGAGUGUUCUUCAUCAAUUGCACCGUGCUCCAGCCUCUGAGGCUAGCUUUGUUGGCACGUAAAUUUAGUUGUUUUUUGAGUUAAAUAAUGCUAUUUUUCUCGUGUUUGUUUUUUUAGCAGUCUUAACAUACUUGUGAUAAUCUCUCUUGUAUAAAUUGCGUGGACGUUGUUAUUUGAAAAAAGGAACGAGUUGGGACCAUGAUGGCCUAUGGGAUGAUGCCCGUACAAUCUACAAGGAAAAAGUAGGCGAGCACAAGUGCGGCCUAAUAUCUUGCAUUUAAUCAGAUAACGCAACUCAUAAAUAUCAGGACAUUAACAUUGUUAGUGCAGCGCUUCACAUAAAAAUAAAAAU